UCAAUAGCUAAAAGUCGCCAUUCGCCGACUUUUCAUUCAAAUGUUGCAUUCGAGUUAGGAGACACAAAACAAGGUGGCAGACAGGCCCAGUCGGGAGCUCCACAUGAGAUGUCCCAGCCGCUUUCAACCACCACUAGAUGGCGACAAUGACUUGACCAGUUAAGGUGAGAUCUGGGUCAGAUUGCUUGUCCAGUGUAAUCAAAACUAACGACUGUAAAUGUUGAUACUUGCAACUAAGCGAGACAAGGAGGUCUGCCCUGACAGUCGUGAUUUAGAAAAUCGUCUUAACGAAAGGGAACGAUAUAAAAAGAAAGCUAGAUAUGUUGCAAUGUGUGAUCAUUAAACAAUGCAUUGCAGAACCAGGAAAAAAUGUAUAGCAAUGGCAAGGUAGCUAGUGCCCAAGGCGCCUGUGCUAACCUUAGCCCCUAUAAGCACGGCUAAAUAUCUAGCUAGCUAACUAUUGUUAGAUACAAUGCUAGUUUGUUAACAUUGUCAAAUGACAUGCUCGUAGGCAAUAGCACUGGGCAUAUUCUUAUUGAGUGUUUUAAGCAAACGUUAGAAUCUUUUUUGCCCAUAUGGGGACGCAAGAGACAGCUGGGACCAUAGAGAACCGUAUUCUAAUUCCUAAUUCUAUGGCUGAAAGCUUGGCUAGCUGGCUAACCAACUGGUGUUGUGCCACAGAUCCAGUUUGCCAAUCAUUGGUGAGUUCUCGUUGAGGAGGAGGCAAUGACAAGAGGAGCGGAGACGUGACUGUCUUCCGUGACCCGAACGUCGAAGUAGCUAAUCCUGUUGACAAUCUGAGAACGUUUACCAUUUUUUCCAAAUGCAGAGAUCCCUCUCCGUGGAUCAGAAUGCGAUCCAAGAAGAACAGAUAAUGCGAAAAAGCUUUCUAGGCAGAGCAGGGCAUGAAAUCAACGAGAACUGCACACAUGCUGACAGAACCAGCUCAUUGAACCUGUAGGAAGCAUGACCGCAUAUUCCUGUAUAUUUGAUUUAAAGUAGAAAUGAUUGUGUCUGUAUUUCACCACCGGUUUCCAUAUUUGCAUGUACUAAUUGUAUCAACCGAUUAAAGAGAUCAGUCAGAAUUUAUUUUUCAAGAUGACGGUGGAGGGUUCCACAAUAAAGAGUCGGAUCAAAAAUCUGCUUCGCUCGCCAUCUAUAAAAUUGAGAAGGAAUAAAGCUCUGAACAACAAAGAAAAUCUCACUAACAAGGUGACACUGGAGAAGGUGCUAGGGAUCACAGCAUUUGGGAACCGCGCUUUGGCUUGUGACCCUCGCUCUGGACUCGUGGCCUACCCAGCUGGAUGUGUGGUGGUGCUGCUGAACCCCAAGAAGAACAAACAGCAUCACAUCCUCAACAGCUCCAGGAAAACCAUCACCACUCUGUCAUUUUCCCCUGAUGGCAAAUUUGUGGUCACAGGAGAGAGUGGACACAUGCCUGCUGUGCGGGUGUGGGACGUUGCAGAACGGACCCAGGUUGCUGAGUUACAGGAACAUAAGUACGGCAUCUCCUGUGUGGCGUUCUCCCCCAACAGCAAGUACAUCGUCAGCGUGGGAUACCAGCACGACAUGAUUAUCAAUGUUUGGGCCUGGAAGAAAAACAUAGUGGUGGCAGCCAACAAGGUGUCCAGUAAAGUCACAGCUGUGUCCUUCUCAGAUGACAGCAACUACUUUGUCACGGCAGGGAACAGGCACGUCAAGUUCUGGUACCUGGAUCACACCAAAUCAUCCAAGGUGAACGCCACGGUUCCUCUGCUGGGUCGCUCGGGGCUCCUGGGGGAGCUGAGGAACAACUUCUUCUCUGACGUGGCAUGUGGGAAGGGUCGUAAAGCCGGCAGCACCUUCUGCAUCACCUCCUCGGGCCUGCUCUGCGAGUUCAGUGACAAACGCCUGCUGGACAAAUGGGUGGAGCUAAGGAAGAACGACAGUGUCACAACCAGUCAGGCCACAUCUCUGUCUGUGACGGACGAGCUGAUCUUCUGUGGCUGUGCCGACGGCACGGUUAGGGCCUUCAGCCCUGUCAACCUGCACUUCAUCUGUACCCUGCCACGCCCACACUGCCUGGGCACAGACAUCGCCACCGUUGUGGAGGCUAGUCACCUCUUCAGCCACAAGAUGGACGCCCGGUGUCCAGACACGGUGGCUGUAUCUUAUGACCCUGCGAGCCGCUGGCUGUCCUGUGUCUACAACGACCACAGCCUGUACGUGUGGGACGUACGGGACCUCCGCAAAGUAGGCAAGGUCUACUCCGCCCUUUACCACUCGGCCUGCGUGUGGAAUGUCGAGGUGUACCCAGACAGGGUAAGUGAUGGCAGGCAGCCCUGUCUGCCUCCAGGCUCCUUCCUCAGCUGUUCUUCAGACAAUACUGUCCGGCUCUGGAACACUGAUGGACACAACACAACUCUUAGCCGCAACGUCAUCAGCAACGACCUCCAGAAGAUCAUCUACAUGGACAACAACACGGCCGGCCUGCUGGACACAGAGUGCCUCAACUCGGGGAACGGAGAGAAGGCCGACCCCCAGACCUCUGAGACCAGGACGGGCAUCAGGACCAUGUGUGUCAGCCCAGACGGGCAGCACCUGGCAUCGGGCGACCGGACCGGCACCUUGAGGAUCCACGAUCUAGAGAGCAUGGGGGAGAUUCUGAACGUUCAGGCCCACGACUCAGAGAUCCUGUGUCUGGAAUACUCCAAGCCUGAGACAGGGCUGAAGCUGCUAGCCACAGCGAGUCGAGACCGGCUGAUCCACGUGCUGGAUGCAGAGCGGGAGUACAGCCUGCUGCAGACGCUGGAUGAACACUCCUCUUCCAUCACCGCUGUACGAUUCGCUGCCAAUGAAGGCAAGGUCAGGAUGAUCAGCUGUGGCGCUGACAAGAGCAUCUACUUCCGCACAGCGCAGAAGUCAGAUGAAGGAACCGUGUUUACCCGCACCCACCACAUCGUACGCAAGACAACGCUGUAUGACAUGGAUAUCGACCCCACCAGGAAGUAUGCUGUUAUUGGUUGUCAGGACCGCAGCAUCAGAAUCUUCAACAUCAGUAACGGAAAACAGAAGAAACUGUACAAGGGCUCCCAAGGAGAGGAUGGGACUGUCAUCAAGGUUCAGACAGACCCCUCAGGGCUGUAUGUGGCCACCAGCUGUUCAGACAAGAACAUCAGCAUCUUUGACUUCUACUCUGGGGAGUGUGUGGCCACCAUGUUUGGACACUCUGAGGUUGUGACUGGAAUGAAGUUUACCAAUGACUGCAAGCACAUGAUAACUGUGUCUGGUGAUAGCUGUAUCUUUGUGUGGCGUCUGGCCCCGGAGCUGACCAUCAGUAUGAGACAGCGUCUCUCGGACCUUAAGCAGAAUGGCAAGCCAGUUCAGAAGACCCCACUUCACAAACCUUGCAAUCUCAGCACCAGGAGAGAGGUAUAUAGCUCCCCUCCCAUUGUCACCAUGUCCUCUGACAGUGACAAAGAGGUGGAGGAGGAGGGGAUAGAAGAAGAGGAUGAGGAAGAGAGGGUCUCUCCUUACAUGGUGUCAGGCUGCAGUGCAGGGGAAAAGACAGACACCUCAGACGAAAAGCACAACUCUCAUCAACUGAAAAGGGAGAACUCUUUUGGCAGGCGGUCCUCCCAGGGCAGUCACCACUCUGAGGACAGGGGUCCUCGUCCGCGGCGCCGCUGGUCCAGACGCAUGGACAGCAUGGAUCUGAUGGUCAAGUCCAUGUUAGACCUCAGACAGCUGGACUCCUUCGCCAUGCCCCCCUCCUCCCCCACUAAGACCCAGACCCAGCCUGUUUCUGACUCCUUCAGAGACCCAUUCAGAGAGGAAGAGCUGGGCAGUACCAUCAGCCUGCAACCCCUCACUGCAUGGGGUGAGUCUGAGCAGAGGUCCCAGCAGCGGCCCAAAUACAUCAUGCUCUCUCCACAGACACCUGACACAGAGACAGGCCCAGUGCUGUACCCCGACGGCUUUGAGGACAGGGUCAGCUUAGCCGGCAGUGAGUACCUGGUGAAGGAGCUGCUGCCUGGGCCUGGGGCCAGCAGGAGUGUGAAGGGGUACCAGAACCACAACCAGUGGAGCCAGGGUCACCAUGACAAACACAGCCCAGACAGCGCCUGCUCUGUGGACUACUCCAGCAGCAGACUGUCCAGCCCAGACAGUCAGCAGCAGCCUCCUGCAGAGGACCCUGAGCUCACGGAGCCUCUCAGUGUGGAUGGGAACUCCUCUGAAUUGGACCUGGAGGAACUGGAGGUGGAAGAGGAGGGGGGCGUAGGGAGGGGAGAUGCCAAGGGGGUGACGGUAGUACCCCAGACCCCCGACCAGGAGGCCUUCCUCAAACAGCACUUUGGCAACCUGGCUGAGCUUAACAACCCAGUGAGUCCGACGAGAGCUGCCACCCCUGACAAUAUCAGCAUCUCCUCCAAGUUCCUGUCCCAAUGCUCUACUGGAAGCAGGACCUCCUUUCCAUUCCUAUCUAAGAGCAUUGGUGAGGGGAAGGUAGGCAGCGGUGUGGUGAAGCCCCUGGUCUCUCAGGUGAGGCCUCUCAUGGAGCACAACCAGGACAGAGACCAGAGCCAAGCCCAUAGCCAGAGGAAGGUCUCAGAAGACUCUCAAAAGGGCCCCACCGGGAGACUAGAAGUAGUGGACACUACGGAGAAGUUUCUUAAUCUGCGGGCCUCUCCUCUGAGGAAGAAGCUGUUUAACCCUGCAGUGGACUCCCGUAGGAUGGUCAGUCCUGUGACCAAGGCUGCAGCCUCUCACCUCACAACUACAGGCAUGAGGAAGUCCCAGUCAGUCCAGAACCUGCACACUGAGGUAGACAUGCCUCUAACCCUGUCUCGGCCCUCCAAGGAGGUGGCCCCCCUGCCCCAUCACUCCCAGUUCCAUCACUCCCAGGCCAGCGAGGGUCAAGUGACACUCCCCACCUCCCCCCAGCCUCAGGACAACACCAGUACCAGCCACAGCACAGCCACUAUGCCCAGGAGCCUAAAGUCCCGCUGCUCCUACAUGAGCCCCACCACCAGUUCCAUGGCCAAGAUGUCCCGCUCCGUGUCCAUGGGAGACAACCUAAACGUGACUGAGGAGGAGUCUGGGUCUGGAAGUAGUUCCAACACCUCAAUCCCUCCAACGACCAAGAGUCAGAGCUGCUCCUCCCACAGUCCGAGUACUAAAGCAUCUUUCCCAGUGGCCAUGGUCUCCUCGGCGUCCUCCUCCCUCUCAGGGAUGGGUUUAGCCAUGCCCCAAGCUGCUGUUAUCCCCAAUCUCAUAGCUAGCUCUAACCCUAACCCAACCACCAAGAGUCUGCAGGCCAAGCUGACGUGCAGCACCCAGCCCCAGCUCAACCUGGACAUCUCCAAGUCCCUCCCAGACAAGCCCUCCCUGGCAGUCUUCACACCCAACGGUACCUCCAAGACCACCACCACUUCCUACAAGACUGUCAAAGAGGACAACCUUUCCCCCCCAGUUAGCUCAUUGCCCCAGCAGGGACAGAAUCAACCACCACCGCUCUUCAACAACGUCCAGCUAGUCAUUGCACUGUCCCCCUCCCCUGCUCCUCCUUGGGAGACUAGCCCAGUGCUGAGCCCUGAGGCGGAGCAGCUUGGUCUCACCGCGGAGCUGCGUCCUGAGGCCCCUGUUGUAGACAACAGACUGGAACAGCCAAAUACAGAGGAAAGCCAGGGCCUGACCCAGGAGGAGAGCCCCGUGACGGAGCUGUCUCUUCAGGGCAAUCCGGUCUACCUGCUGUCACAACGAGGGCCCAGCCAGGACCGCACAGAGGAUUCUCUCAGUAUGGAGUCGUGCAAGGUGUUGGCCAGCGAGCUACAGAACUCGUUUAGGAAGGCCUCCCGGUUCUACAGGAUGGUGAACAGUGUGCCUGUAGCCUCCAGGCAGGAGCAGCAUGAGAUGGCCCGGGUCCUGUCUGAGGCCUUUGAGGUUGUGAGGGCCGAGCUGAGCUCCCUGCCCCAGAGCUCACUACCAUCCCCCUCUGGAGAACCGGCAGCAGGAGGCUCCCUGUGUACGCUGGGCUGCCGGCCUGUAGGACCAGGCACAGGGGGAUCAGGCUCAGGGGAGGAGAGGACUCUGGCUCUGCUGGAGCAGUACUCUGAGCUCCUCCUCAAAGCUGUGGAGAAGAGGCUGGACAACAAUCAGGUCUCCUAGAGACAUCUCAAGGGAGAGGCAUCUUAUUUUACCCCACCCUUUAAGACUGAACCAGCAAACCUUCUGGCAAAUGUAGAAUUUUAAGCCAUUGUGCAAGGAUAUCUGCAGAGCUGAUUGAUCAGUGGACCUACUACAGUACUUGUUAUUUAAAUCAACUUUUUGAAGAUGAACAAAUUAAAAUAUUCAUGAGGGACAUCUUUUUUACAAGGUCUUUGUUAAAGGACUUCUAUCUCUCUCGCGAUCUGCAGGACUCUCUAGUUGGGUGGUCCCCUCUCUCCCUGUCAGAUCUCUGUAGGACUUGGUGGGAUGGUGAGGCUUGCAGUCAGCACAAAGGCCCACUGGAAUGGCCCAACGUAUAACACUAACAUGCCAACAGCACAGAUACUGGUACUGUACUGAGACCCCUCAGGAUGAUCGAUGUCUCAGCAUUCAUUUCCAGUGUGGCUAAGCUGCACUACAGACUGUCAUUCACCAACCUUCCUCCCUCUGUGUGUCACCUACCAGAUAACUGCACUCUCACAACCACUUGUUUUAUUCACCCAUGUUGCCAAAUAUUGUGCCCUGCUACUUUGUUUUAAGUAAGUUAGCCUGAGGCUAAUACAUAAGUAAUUAGUGGUUAUGGCCUUUGUUACAUACUCUAGAUCUCCCCUAGAUUACGGAAAUAUGAAUAGUUGCUACAUUUGAUACGGGCUAUCAUUUUGGGUAGAAGUAGCAGAACGUUUUGGAGAAUCGAAGGGUGUUGUUGUUCAAUACCUUUCCUGACCCCAGUGAUCUAAAACAAUACAAUUGUGAUCGCUACAAUUUAAACUUUCUGUGUUGGUGUCCCUGUCCCGACCAGGGCUCUCACCCACCAACACGUUGGAGUGGAGCACAAGACCCUUCCAAGUCUUAGAAGCCAGAUGAUCAGACAUAGUGUUUUAGUGGAUGAUUUCAUACAUUGUGUUUUGAGAUGCCCUGUCGGUGUGUGAUGUGUGGUUGUAUUUAUUAUGUUGUAAAAGGUCCAUGUUACAAAGAGGUUUUCAGCCUCUUGUUGUACAGUUUGUUUUGAUACUGGUGUCAGUAGGUUUUGUGCCAGAGCUAGGUCAUCAGUGGGGGACCAACAUGCAAAAAACAGACUACCUUGAAGAUAUACAGUAUCAACUGAGUCUCCUCGUUCUUCAACUCUACUGGAUGAUUUUAUAAAACGUGUGAAUUGUGUUCCCAGUAAUAAUACAAAUGUUUCAAGGAAAUGGGUGCCUUAAGUCAAAACCAUAUUUUUUCAUGGUUCUAAAUGUGUUAGGCAAUACCAAAAUAAUAUUCAAUUGUAAUCAAAAGGCAACUACUGAAAUGUAUCUACUGCUGUGGGAAUCAAAUGACAUUGAGAAGAAGUGUUCUCUGGUGACAAUUAAUAGAGACAUCUUAGUGUUGGGUUACCUGAGGGUGAGAACAUAUUUCAUUCAGAGCUCUGCUGCACCAAUUCCUCAACAUUAAUUGGCUUCAGGUUUUUAUCCUAGUCUCUGGUACAUUUCCACCACAGUAACAAUAUAAAGCACUUUUUUUCCUAUCAAAAUGGUCAUAGGUCAAAUGAAUGUAUUUGUAAUAGCUUAGGAUACUAAACUGAACCUUCAGGGUCUCUGUGUGUAUAUAAUGGUGUAACGUAUGUGAGUCGAGGGCUCAGACUAAUUAUUAUGUCCUUCUGCUGCUAUGGUAAUUGUGGCCGCAGACAAGCACAACAUUGCCCUCUGCUGUUGGACCUAAAUCACUGCCCAGCUGCUAUGACAGACAGCCCAAUCACUCACCUCCCACCACUCAUCUCUGGUCAGGAUAAUGAUAUGCUGUGCUAUAAUACACUAGUGCUCUCAAACAAUAUUUUAAUCACCUGUGUAUACAGUUCUGGGUAUUUUCUCAGUUAUUGUUACUUGUUGUUAGGAAACUUUCACAUCUUGGUAGAAACGGUCUGAUCAGGUACCCAAUGUUCUUCUACUCUUUCAAAGUGCCACGCCUGUAACUCCUUUCUACUGUUGAUUAAAGCAUUGUAUGUACAAAUGACUAGAUGGAUGUGCAUGGACAGACCGCAAAGAUUUGCAGUCGAGCCCUGAAAGGACAUGGGUUACGGUAUAGAAAAAAAAUGAAUUAUCCUGCUGUUUAUUAGUUAUUCAGUAUUUCCCCAUCUGAUUGACAAUAUUCAGAACGGUAACGUUAUCUAGCAGACUGGAGGCUUCAUUAAGACAUAGGAUUGUAUUUCAAUGGACAGUAGUACAGAUACCUUGUAACUUUCUGCUGCUUGUAUGCAUGAGUAUAUAUGCAUGAAGGGUGGUGAGGUAUGGAGGUUGACUGACUGGCUCGUUCCUUAGUAGGAUUGCAUGGUUGAACGUACCCUUUUUAAAGAGUCGAUCCCGCUCUUUUUCACUGACUGGUACCCCUGUAGCUGACGCUAGUUCUAAUCUCACCUUUUGUAUGUUAUGCUGAUUACUUGUCUUAAACUGCAGAUGAUGGACCAGCAUUUUCCUCUUUUAGGAAUGAUCACCUUUCAGCCAUUUUGUGAGCUGUUUUCUGUUUUGCACCAACCUCAGUGUUUUUACUGUAUUCCCUCUCUGAACUUCUUUCUCUGCCAGAGAAUAAAAACAGAUUUAUUACACUCAA